AUGGCCGACUUACGACUCAUUGCCCCCUCCGUCAAACCUCGCCUCUCCAUUGGCGACCAGAUAAAGUUGAUUGGCAUUGCGCUAUUUGUCGCCCCCUAUUCGUUCGCACUUGCGCUCGCUCGCUUGCUAUUAUACGCCUUCCAGAAUGAGCUGGAUCUUCGAUAUUAUGCAGUAUGCGCCGUCUUCAGGACCGUGUUUGGUACCCUCGGGGGCUUUUAUGCUCAAACAAUCUUUCCGUCUACGGAAGAGGCCUAUAGGGCAUGGGUCCGGCAAAAAGAGAGGCUUGCCAAGGACCCUGCCCUCAAGGAGCGGCUCCGGUGCGAUAUACAGCCUCUCGACAACGGCCAUUCGAGCAUCCUGUGGGUAGGAAAUCGCCACAAGGCCCGCAAGAUAGUGCUGUAUCUCCACGGAGGAGGUUUUGAGCUGCCGAGCAUAGCCGGUCACUUUGAAUGUGUCUGGAAUUCAUACGUGCUCUCGGGGGUGGAAUCAGAGACUGAAGUCGCCGUUGCUUUUUUGCAGUAUUCGCUCGCUCCCACCUGGAGAGCUCCCGUGCAGCUCCGCCAGGCAGCCGCCGCUCUGUCCGAGAUUCUUGAUGCAGGCUUCAGCGCCAAGGACAUCAUCGUGGGCGGCGAUUCUGCUGGUGGAAAUUUGACGGUGCAGCUGCUCCAUCACCUAGUCGAUCCGCAUGCUGAGGUUGCCCGCAUCGUAUUACAAGAGCCUCUGUCAGCUGCCUUUCUGAUAUCGCCGUGGCUUGGUAAGGACACUUCUGCUGCCUCCUUUCGGGACAAUGAUCGCUAUGACAUGAUUUCAAUGGAUAUCCUGCGCUCUCUUGAUAUCGUCGUUCAGCCCUGUAGAGAUGGGGCCAGCACAGAUAACAAGGGCCAAGACAGCUGGGCAGAGCCUUUUGAAUGGAAUGGACCGUGGCUCAGCAAGCUGGGCAGCGUUGUCGGGAAAAUCUACAUCACGGUCGGUAAUCGGGAAAUUUUGGCUGGUCAGGGUAAGCUGAUGGCAAAGACGGUCACUGCCAUGCAAACAGGAGUGGAGGUGACUCUCGAGAGCAACCCCAAGGCAGCCCAUGAUUUUCUGGUGGUGGAGGGAUUGUUUGGGGAUAUUGGCGAAGAGACUAUCAAGAUGAAGCAGUGGUUCAAGACUGCGCUGGAGGCGAACUGAUGCUCUCUUUUCUUUUGCCAUCUUGCAGGAUUCUCGCACCUUUCAGAUAUCCCAUGCACAUGGUUCGAUAUAGUGCGAGGGGCCGGCUAUUGCCGCUGAGGGCGGUAGAAUAGAUUGUCAAUCGUUUCGUUCAACUGCCGAACCGACUACGCGUAUUCUUUUUCGAGGCUAGGCGUGAUGCCCUAGUGAAUCUGCUCAACAAGUUACCCGUCUAUAGAAGAUCUGAAUCAAACUGUCUUACAUGGAAAGUUUCCUGAGGACAUUUCCCAAGCAGCGACGCCCCACCACUGAUG